CUCACGCCUAAAACCGCGUCUGGCAGCGCAGUCUGGCGCUCCGAGGCCUCAAAUCGCCCUCAAACCCUCCGGCUCCGCUGCACUCAACCGGUUGCCUGGCUGCGUGUUUCCUGCUGCGCCUGCGCGUCGCCGAGGUCUGAAACCGACUGCCCUCCCCCUUCCCCCCCCGGCCGUUUCGUGGGGUGGGCUUUAUGUCGACGCUCGGCGCUGGGGUCCCUCAAGGCGGUUAGUGGAAUGGAGGGCUGGUCAGUUGAUCCUCAGGCCCAAGACGCGGGAGCGGCUGUCCUUCAAAGGGGAACUACCAGUUAAGCAGAUGUUUUGGGAUCAUGGCUUUUGAAAACAUGAACAGAAAGAGGCAUUUGGGAUUGCAGCAACUUUCCUCUUUGGCAUCCACUGUAAAGACCUUUUUAGGACCAAUUAAGUCAUCCAAAUUUAUUGUUGAUAAAAGAACUUAUGGCAGUGUGUUGAUUUGCUCUGCAGUGAGACUUCUUGAAAGUUUGGAUUCAAAUAAUACUGUAGGACAACUUCUUAAUGACGCCAUCCAGGCACAGAACAAGGAGUAUAAAACUGGAACAACCACCCUAUUGUUUCUUGUUAGUGCAUGGAGCACUGCUAUACUUGAGUGCCUUGAGCAGGGUGUUCCCCUUUCAGUAAUAGUAAAUGUGAUGUCUGAAGGUCUGAGUUCUUGCAUUGAGCAAGUUAAGUGCCUGACAAUAUCGAUUCAGGAUGUGAAGCAAAUGCUAGAUGAUAUUCCUAUGAAAUACAAUAACAAAGCCAUUAACAUCUGUUUUGGCACAACUGGAAGUCAGAUGACUGAAACUAAAACUUCAAGUAUCAGAUCCAAAGACAGUUUUAAAGACCAUGUUUCAGAAAAAGAAUUAAAAGACCCUAUCGUUCAGCAGAGGGAAAGCUCUCGGUAUCCAUGGAUAUUUGCUAAAGGCAGAACAGUAUGUUCACGGACUAAGCCAGGAGACGACAUUUGUGUUUUAACAGUUUGCAGAAGUCAUUUGGAUGUAUCAAACGAUAAUAAAAGAUUAAAAUUUAUUCACAGUAGAUAUUUCAGUAGUGCAAAAGAGAUUCAUUCUCAACAGCUGACAGAUUACUCGGAUGGAUCUGCAGAAAAUAUUAAAAAACUCAACUAUUUGGGACAUGUGGCAAUGUCUCUUAGCCAUGGAAAGGGAUCUGAAAUGAAGCUGGUAGAGGACGUUCUUAGAUACCAGUUGCAGAAUGAUUACCAAACUGAUGACUCCCAUCCUUUUAAAUUUAAUAUUUCAGAAAUUGUAACUUGUUGUUUACCAGGGAUGUCCGAAAGUUAUUCUUGUGUUUGUCCUGGUUAUGUUGAGUUGUUAUUUCCAGAGAAAGCUGCUGUUGCUAAGCACCUUCAGGAUAGACCUCUUAAUAUUGUUCUUGCAGAUGGUGAUCUAACAGAUAUGUAUCGCCAUUUGGGGUUUAACAGGUCACAAAAUGUGAGAAUGAUCAUUGAAAGUGGGAAUUAUGAAGUAAAUAACUCAGGCUUGUGGGUUGACACUGUAUUAGAUAUUCUGAAUCACUACCAUAUUGAUAUAAUUUUAGUGCAAGGUAACACAUGUGAAAGUUUAGAGGAAAAAUGCUUGCUACAUAAUAUACUAAUAAUUAAUCAUGUAACUCAGGCUGUAUUGCAAGCUUUUAGCUAUAUUACAGGAGCAGAAAUAGUGACCUACCUCACUCAGGUGAAUGAACAUUGUAUUGGCAAGGAUGUCUUUUUAAACUUCUGGAGAACUGGAGAGUCAAGUUGGGUGGAAUUGGAUAGCAGAGUUCCAAUCAUUAUAACAGCAAAGGGAAUUCACUUGGUAACAGUGGUGCUUAACAGUCCAGUAUUGUCCAAAAUGCAAGUCAUUGAAGAUAACUUUUGGACUUGUGCUUAUCGUGUGUUUAAUGCACUUCUUGAUAAUGCAGUCUUUCCUGGAAGUGGUGUUGUUGAGUUGCUGUGUCUCAGUUAUCUUGAGAAAUUGGGAAAACAGGUCAAAAGUUGCACAAAAGAAUUUCAUGUUGGUUCCUCCUGGCUUGCAAAGUCUUCAGAACAGUAUAAACCUCUGGUGCUUAAUGCUUUGGCAUGUGGUUGGCACCAGUACCUUUGUGCUAUCAUGUGCAACACUGCAAACAGUACAUCUGAGUUUGAAGCCAGCGUUUUUAUACAGCAGCAUCUCAGAAAAGCAGCAAUGCACAGUUCUCCUUCCAGCUACAUUAUGGGUGAGUUUUGGAAGGAGAAGAUAGGGGUGGCAGUCUUUGACUAUGUAGGGAUAUAUGAAAAGUCUUUAAAAGUCUAUGACAAUGUCAUGGUUAAGAUAGAGGCAUGGCGUAGAGCUCUAGAUUUGGUACUCUUAGUUCUUCAGACAGAUGCUGAAAUUAUCACAGGGCCUAAGAGAGAUCAGUUGUUAAAAUCACAAGCCUCAACUGAGUUGAUGUUUUUAUAAUAUUUUGUAAGCCUAUGUUGGAUGCAUUUAUAGAAUAUGCACAAGCUUGCUGAUAUUAUUGCUCUCCUGUUCUAAAAUCUGAAGUCCAUGUUCAAAACCAGAAUGAUUUAUUUCCUUGAUCUCAAUUUAAUCCCUAUUUCUUAAUUUCUCCCAUAAUCCAGUUUAUGUUUAUGAGAGUAAAUUGCACUGAUUUCAUUGGGACUUAAAUGCCUUUGUUGUGAUGAUUUUGGCUAUCAUCAGACUGAAAUGAUGAAGGGCUCCAGGGCUUUUUUGUUAUGUUUGUUUUCAUUGUUAUAAAAAUCAACAACUCUUGUCUUUGUUAGUUUUGUUUUCAGGGUUAUUGUAAAUUCCCUUAAGGUUCUUAGUGGUGGGGUACAAAGUUGAAAAAUAAAGCCAGUGAGUUAUAAAUUGUCUCUCAAACAUUCCAUUGGUCAAAAACCUAAGCAACUGGGUUGGGCAAAGUGUUUAUUAAAAUUUUAUUCCUUGCCUUUCCAUUCUAUGUUUUUAUCAGUCCUCUUUCAAAUCUUCUAGGCCUAAUUCUGAAAAUUAAAGAGAAAUCGUAUUCAAGUACUUAUUCCACUUAAAAGGUCUUUUGCACAAAGGCUCCACUGAAAUUAACUGAAGUACUGUGAAGUAUAUUUUGUGAAAGCUGAUAUAGCUGAGACUCUGAACAACAAAUCAAGAAGUUUCAGAUUUGGAUAUCACUUCUGCAAAAUUCACUAGGGGGCCUCAAUCAAGUUACUCUUUUUCAGUCUCAUAAUAACAUUAACAUCCCUUGCAGAACUUUUGUACACAAUAGAAGAUACUGGAUUGGCUUUUACAGUUCCAGUCUAUUAAUGGCAGAACCUUUUGCAUACCCAAAGUGGCUUUUUCACUGGUUCAAGAAGCCUAGAAGAAAGUCCUACUGUUUAUGGAACAGAAUAAUAGGAUCUAGCCCCAUGUUUAUGAAGUAAUCAUGCAUGAAUUUUCCUCUUCAUUUGUUUCUGGCAGACUAAUAACUAGAAAUGAUCUUUUACAAGAUUUUUUUACUAUUAUUAAAUUCAAUUUGUGGGCUGCCCUUCCCUAAGAAUAGGGCUCAGGGCAGCUUGCACAUGAGCGAAUACAAUAGAUAAUAAAUUUCAAAACAACAUUAAAAUACUAAAACAUCAACAGUAAA